CGAAAGGAUACGGAAAAAGCCGAAGGGAGCCGAGCGGGGCCGAGCGGGCGGGGGGCGCGUUGCUAUGGGAGCGGGGCGGGCCCGGGCCGGGCCUGGCUGGGCCGGGCCGGGCUGAGGCGGGCUGCCGGCCGCCCCCUCAGGCGCUGCCCCCCCUGGCGCUGCCCCCCCGCCGCCAUGCUCAUCAAGGAGUACCACAUCCUGCUGCCCAUGAGCCUGGAGGAGUACCAGGUGGCUCAGCUGUACAUGAUCCAGAAGAAGAGCCGCGAGGAGUCGAGCGGUGAGGGCAGUGGGGUGGAGAUCCUGGCCAACCGGCCCUACAGCGACGGCCCUGGCGGCAGCGGCCAGUACACCCACAAGAUCUACCACGUGGGCUCCCACAUCCCCAGCUGGUUUCGGGCACUGCUCCCCAAAGCCGCGCUGCAGGUGGAGGAGGAGUCCUGGAACGCCUACCCUUACACCCGCACCAGGUACACCUGCCCCUUCGUGGAGAAGUUCUCCAUCGAAAUUGAGACGUACUACCGGCCAGACGCGGGCCAGCAGACCAACGUUUUCAACCUGAGCGCGGCUGAGAAGAGGCAGAGGAUUUUGGAUACCAUCGACAUCGUGCGUGACCCCAUCUCCCCCGGGGAAUACAAGCCCGAGGAGGACCCCAAGCUCUAUCACUCAGCCAAGACGGGCCGGGGCCCACUGGGGGACGACUGGCUGGAGGUGUCCAGCAGCGGGCCCCUGAUGUGUGCCUACAAGCUCUGCAAGGUGGAAUUUCGCUACUGGGGAAUGCAGUCUAAAAUCGAGCAGUUCAUCCACGACGUGGGUUUGCGGAAGGUGAUGCUGCGCGCCCAUCGCCAGGCUUGGUGCUGGCAGGACGAGUGGACGGACCUGACCAUGGAGGACAUUCGGCAGCUGGAGGAGGAGACAGCACGGAUGUUGGCGCAGAAAAUGGCCAAGUGCGGCGAGGCUGAGGAACCCCCCACUGCCGGGCCCAGCCCCGAGGGGCGGCCGGAGCCGGGGGGUGCCAGCGGGCAGGAGGGGGCCGAGGCGCAGGGGGUGGCCGAUGCCUCCCCUGACGAUACCUUUGCCAAGCAGUGGUCCACCUCUUCCCGGUCUUCCUACUCUUCCCAGCAUGGAGGGGGGGUGUCUCCUCAGAGCCUCUCCGAGUGGCGGAUGCAGAACAUCGCUCGUGACUCCGAGAACAGCUCCGAAGAGGAGUUUUUUGACGCCCACGAGGACCUGUCCGACAGCGACGAGGUCUUUGCGAAGGAGAUGACCAAGUGGAGCUCCAACGACUUCUUGGACACGCUGGAGCGGCCGGCGGAGCUGGAUGAGGUGCUGGGGGACGGAGCCAGCGGCACCAAGGUGGAUGGUGAAGGAUUGGGGGUGGCCAGCUUCCCCGAGGGUGGCUCGGCGGAGAGCGCGGCGCAGACGUGCCGGAUCCACGCCCUCUUCCUCAUCCUCCACAGCGGCAACAUCCUGGACCAGGGAGCGGGCGAGCCGGGCUCCAAGCAGGCAGACGUGCAGACGCUGGCGGCCACCUUCGACGCCGUCACCCGCGUCCACUUCCCCGAGGCGCUGGGGCACGUGGCGCUGCGCCUGGUCCCCUGCCCGCCCAUCUGCGCCGCUGCCUACGCCCUCGUCUCCAAGCUCAGCCCCUACAGCCAUGACAGGGACAGCCUGUCCAGCAGCCAGGACCACAUCCCGCUGGCAGCCCUCCCGCUGCUGGCCACCUCCUCGGGGAGCUACCAGCAUGCCGUGGGUGCCGUCAUCGCCCGUGCCAACCAGGCGUACAGCUCCUUCCUGCACUCCGGGGAGGGGGCUGGUUUCUGCGGCCAGGUGGUGCUGCUGGGGGACUGUGUGGGCAGCAUCCUGGGCUUCGACGCGCUCUGCCAGAGCCGGGUGGGCUCGGGGGGCAGCCGCAGCAGCAGCCGCCGCGGCAGCCUGAGCACAGAGCCCAUCUCUCCCGAGCUGUGCGGCGGCAGGGACCCGCUGGCUGACGGGGCGGACGGAGCUGCGGGCUCGGGUCAAGCCAGCCCCGAGCUGGGGCCACAGCUGCCAUGCCGGGAGCAAGGGGACAGCCACCAUCACAGCUCCUUGUGCAGCCUGCAGGCCAGUGAGGCCCCGCUGGAGGCAGAGGCACCACGGACGCUGGACGGGGCGGAGGGUGCCAGCACUCGCCUCGACUUUAAGGUAUCCGGCUUCUUCCUCUUUGGCUCCCCGCUGGGGCUGGUGCUCGCGCUGCGCAAGACCGUCAUGCCUGCUCUGGAUGUGGCCCAGCUGCGUCCUGCCUGCGAGCAAAUCUACAACCUCUUCCAUGCGGCCGACCCCUGCGCCUCUCGCCUGGAGCCUCUCUUGGCCAAGGCCUUCCACGCCGUCCCGCCGCUCAGCGUGCCCCGGUACCAGAAGUACCCCCUGGGUGACGGCACCUCCUCCCUGCUGGCGGAAGCCCUGCAGAUGCAUUCUGCCCUGUUCCUGCCUGAGGUGGACGUGGCCGCUCCCCCUACCCCCACUGGCAGUUUUGGGGGCUUCUGGAGGGGCAGCGAGCCAGCAGAGCCCCCCCUUCCCGCUAGCACCAGCGAAGUGGUCAAGAUCCUGGAGCGCUGGUGGGGCCCGAAGCGCAUCGACUACUCGCUGUACUGCCCCGACGCCCUGACCGCCUUCCCCACCAUCACCCUGCCCCACCUCUUCCACGCCAGUUACUGGGAGUCCUCCGACGUGGUGGCCUUCAUCCUGCGCCAGGUGAUGGAGAAGGAAGGGCCGCAGCCGGCGGAGAGCGAGGAGAGCUCUAUCUACAGCCCUGCUAUCCCACAGGAGAAGUGGCAGCGCAAACGCACCCAAGUGAAAAUCCGGAACGUGACGGCUAACCACCGGGCCAGUGAUGUGAUCGUGUGCGAGGGCAAAGCACAGGUCCUCAGCGGGCGCUUCAUGUACGGGCCCCUGGAUGUGGUGACGCUGACCGGGGAGAAGGUGGACAUCUACAUCAUGACGCAGCCACUGUCGGGGAAGUGGCUGUACUACGGCACCGAGGUGACGAGCGGCAGCGGGCGCCUGACCUUCACCAUCCCUCCGGACAAGGCUCUGGCCAUUGGCAUCUACCCCGUGCGCAUGGUGGUCAGGGGGGACCACAGCUACGCCGAGGCGUACCUGACGGUGGUGGCCCCAGGCACCGAGUCGGUUGUGUUCAGCAUCGAUGGCUCCUUCACCGCCAGUGUCUCCAUCAUGGGCAGUGACCCCAAAGUGCGGGCGGGGGCUGUUGAUGUCGUACGGCACUGGCAGGACUCGGGCUACAUGAUCAUCUAUGUGACGGGGCGCCCCGACAUGCAGAAGCAUCGUGUGGUGGCCUGGCUUUCCCAGCACAACUUCCCCCACGGCGCCGUCUCCUUCUGCGAUGGGCUCACCCACGACCCCCUGCGCCAGAAAGCCGCUUUCCUGCAGAGCCUGCGCACUGAGGCAGAGAUCACCAUCGUCGCCGGUUACGGCUCCACCAAGGACGUCUCCGUCUACAGCUCACUGGGGCUCGCGCCGGCACACAUCUACAUCGUGGGCCGGGCCGUCAAGAAGUUCCACAACCAGUGCCAGUUCCUCUCCGAGGGUUACGUAGCCCACCUGGCCCAGCUGGAAGCAGUGGCCCUGGCCCACUCCCCCAAGGGACCCCCGCGCCCCGUGCUGGGCAAAGGCACCUACGGCUGCCCGGCACCCGUCGACUUCCUCCGCAAGCAGAGCCAGCUCCUGCGAUCGCGGGGCUCCAGCCAGGUGGAGCGCGAUGGAGGGCCCCCGUCAGCACCCCCCGGGCUGCCCCGGGCCAAACCCCGCAGCGUCAGCCUCAAGCUGGAGGGUGAGGAGUGAGGGGGAGGGGGGUGUGUGCCCACUGUCCCCCCCACCUCCACUGCAGCCUUCAUUUCCCAGCCAGGAGCACCUGGGGCCAGAGCCUGUGCUGGGCCCCGAGCCCCGAGGAAGGAGCUGAGGGUGCUGGGUCCCCUGAAAGUGAGGGACCCUGGAGAUGGCACUCCAGGCCCCGCCGAGGGCCAGAGCGAUCCCCUGGGGGCUGAGCUACCCCCUACCCCCCCACUGCCCCCCAGCUCUGCCUCCACCCUGCUACCCCAUCCCCCCUCCCCGUCCUUUGGGGCUGCAGAGCUGCUGCUGGGCAGUGCCUGGUGGGGUUUGCCCCUGGGGAGCUGGUGUGCUGCCCCAACCCGGGGUCAUCGGUCCAGGGCGGUGUUGGGGGGCCGUGGCUACUCUCCAGAGCAAGCGGCACCUCCCUGCUCCCCACCUCCCCCACCUAUUUAUUGCCAUUUGGUGUCGCCAGCCGCAGGGCAGGGGAAGGGCCAGGGUUCAAAAGCAGUUCCUCUGUUCAUUUUGGUGUGAAAUAAAAGCGAUGUAAAGAUGA